UCCAACUUUGUUGAAAUUUAACUAAUUUUUUUUUGUAUAAAUAAGAUCUGACUAUAUUUUUUUGAUACUAAUUGAAUUUGGUUACAUGUAUUAUAGUUGGAUGUAUCUUAAAAGAAAUACAAUACUUAUAAACCUUGUAUUAUUGUUAAUGGUUGCGGUAUUCUUGACUUUAAAACUAUACAACGUCGGUGUCAUUAAUAUUACCUUAAAAAAUAGUUUUUUAGUUGUUGAAGCUACGUCACAAAACCUAAAGGUGUCCACAACUUUGGCAACACCACAAGUUCCAAUUCCUUGGAGGUUUCAAAUUGAAGAGGAUGGUUUUUUUUUUCCUGACACAAGUGAUAAAGAAAAGUAUAUUUCUUAUGAGCGGAUAAAUGGUCCUAUCACCAAGCAAAUUACAAUAUUUGAAAAUGCAGUUAUUUUUGCUUAUAUUACAGGGAGAACUUUGCUUGUUCCAAAAUUAAAACUUCGAAAAUCUGAAAAUAUUAUUAACCAAAACAUUAAUUUUAGUACUAAUAACAAUGGACCAUACUUUAACUAUUCUCCUCAUGGUUCAAUAAGUUACGACUAUAACAAAAACUUUGUUCAUAAAAUAGAUUUUCAAAACAAUCUUUCCGUUUCUUUAUUAAAUGAAAUAUCAAUGUCGGAGAUUAUUGAUUUUGACCUAUUAUCAACGCAAAUAAAACUAAAAGCGCUCGAAGAAAGAAAUACGUCUACUUUGAGCCAAUAUAAAGUUUGUCAAGACCCACAUCUUGGAUUUUGGGUAGACUACAUUCCGUCUAUUGAAAAUAUACAAACGUGGCGAAUUUUGAAGCAACAGUACUUUUACCCAUUAAAACUAAAACUUACUUUUGGUAAUAAAGAAUAUGUUUGUCCAGGAACUAAAGAAUAUAUGAACCGAUGGGGUCCACCUUUGAGAACAAAACCUUUGUACCGAGGAAUUAUAACAGAACUUGUUAAACGUAAAGAAGAUCUUAUUUUUUUUCAAGGAGAUACGCUAGACACUACUCAAAUUCGAUUUUUUAACCAACAACGCACACAAAAAGCUCAAGAAAUUUUGCUUUUUUAUAUUCGAUUUUCUCGUUCCUUAACGCAGAAAGUCAAGGAGUUUGUAAAUCUCUUAGAAAAAGGGUAUUCAGCUAUACUUGCUGAAGGUGAUAUAAAACCAGAUGGUUUAUCGUUGUAUAUAUCAAACGAAGCAGAUAGACUUAACUUAAUCAACGUGUCCAGCACCGUUUUCAUUGUUUGUAACGCAAGUUUUCGAGAUGCUUUUACCCCAUUGCAAGAAAAAAGAUUUACUUUAAUAUUUGCAGACGACUUUGUUAAUAAUAGACUUUUGGACGGUACUACUGGUAUAUAUUCAUCUGAAUAUGCUCAUAUUAUUUCAUUGAUGCUAUGUGCCCACGCAAAACAGUUUAUUAGCCUGCCAGGAACACAUGAUUUAUAUUUUGUUGAACAUCUUCGUCUUCAAGAUGCUACAAUGCUUGAUGGAUUGGUUACAAAUAAAAUAAGCGUACGUUGGGCAAAACAUACUAUCAGGCACCAAGCCGAUAACUUAAAAGUUUUGAUGAAAAUCAAAACCCAACAACAAACAACCUUUUCAACAAAUACCUCUUUGAAAUCAUUUGAAGUAAAUACCUUAAAAACCAAUUCAAGUCAACAAAAUAAAACUUUUCUGGUAAACAUGUCGAAAAGGUCUUCGCUACUGUUGAAAAAAAGAGAUAAGUUAACAAGUAUGGCUUGCAUAUUUUGUAACUAUGUUCGCUAUGUAACUGGACUACAUGGUUGUCCAGCUAUGAAGCAGACUUGUUAAGUUGAGAUUUAUUAUCUGAGCAUUUGCAUAUACUAAGAAGAAUUGUCACAAUGUAAUAUGUCUCCCAGUAUUAUGAUGCAAUACAACGAAUGUUUUGCAUUACUCUUCGCAUGAUUCUAAUAUAUUUUGCACAAGAAAAAGGAUUUAAAACAGCAAUUUAAAA